CGAUUAUGCAAUUAAUAGUGAAAAAGAAUGAUAAUUUCCUUUAUAAAUUAGUGUUUCAGUCGUUAUUGAAUUACAAAUAAUAAUCUACGUUAGCCCUAUAUAGUUGGAACAGACAAAGUUACUACCCAGUCAGCAACUUCAUAUUAUAAUAAAAACACAAUUGAAAUCUGGAAAAAAAAUUGUCCUAUAAAAAAAUUAUUAAUACACGAAAUUCAUCAUUAUUAACCAAUUGUAGUUAGCUCCAUUUUUUGAAAUUUUGUGAAAUAACUAUGUUUUACAGUAUAGCUAUUUUAAAGAUUAUUUUAAUAACAAUGUAUUUCAAUUAUCUGGUUGCAUACAGAACAAUAAGAAGCGAUGAAGAAGUGAAGCAUUAUUCUGAAGACGCACUUGCAACUAGAUGUCAAAUGGAAUCGGAAAUUGCACGAAAUGUUUUUAGAGACACGAUCGAUUAUCGUACAGAUGAUCCGUACAUUGAAGAUCUAAUUGACAUUUGGUUGAGAAAAUGCAUUCGGUCAAAAAGUACUAAUCAAAAUGGCAGAAACACAGCAAAACUUGAAAAGUUUGAAAGGAUAGAAAACUAUACUCGUGUCAGUGUAACUUAACAAAAACUUCGCAAUCAACUUUUUAAGUUAACUUUUCGGGUCAUUCAUUGAUGUGUCUUUUUAUAGUUAUUCGUAGUAGUUACACAAUACCCUAAACUAUUAGUCUUCAACGUUUCUUUAAAACUAAUACCAUGAAAAUCGUAAUUUGAGAUUAUCUUUCUGUAUAAAUAUUUGUACUUCAACAAGUCAGUAAAUGCAUUGUUUUUUUAUUUUUAGGAAGCAUACAGAAGCGCCCGUACUACGGCUGAGGCUGAUUGCAAUGAAUAUAGUGAAAAUGUACACAACUUAUUUCCAGUUGAUUAUUACUUUCUUUAUUGAAAAUAUACUAUGAUAAAGCUUCUUAGUUACAAUAUUGGCCUUAAAAUUAGUUUAGCC